CAUUCCUCUCCUAUGUUGUACCAUGAUGUGGAUUAUUCUUGCUUUUGCUCCAGUUUCUCUCCUCUCAUGACCUCCUUACCAGACCCAGAAACUCAUAAAGCACUUUGGAUUUAGACGCGUGCUGAGACCUGACCAUGCCCACCUGUCUGAUCGGAUGCCCCGAUGAGAGAUCCAGUUGACGACCAGCGGCUGUAAUGGCGUACCAUCCUUUCCCAGCUCGUCGACCCGGUGCCUUGCCCCUGUCAGCCUUCCUGACCGCCGCGCAGCCCCCCUCCUUCACCGCGCUGGCUUUCCCAGACGUUUCCUCUCUCACCGAGCCCGUCCCGGAGCAGGCUGCCUCUGAGGCGGGGCUGCGCGCGGCUCUGCGCCGCCAGCAUCCGAGCCUCCACCCGCGGUCCAAGACGAGCCUGCAGCCAGAGGCGGCGGCGCUGGAUGACGACCCGAGCGUCACUCUGGAUUCGAAGUGCCUAUGGAAUGAAUUUCACGAAAUGGGAACUGAGAUGGUCAUUACGAAGUCUGGAAGGAGGAUGUUCCCGCCUUUCAAAGUGAGGGUGCAGGGGCUCGAUGAAGCAGCCAAGUACAUCCUGCUGAUGGACCUCAUCGCUGUCGACGACUGCCGCUAUAAGUUCCACAACUCCCGCUGGACGGUGGCCGGGAAGGCCGACCCGGAGAUGCCAAAGCGCAUGUACAUCCACCCGGACAGCCCGUCCAAAGGGGAGCAGUGGAUGAGCAAGCCCGUCGCUUUCCAUAAACUCAAACUCACCAAUAAUAUUUCGGAUAAGCACGGAUUUACAAUUUUGAACUCGAUGCAUAAAUACCAGCUCAGGUUUCACAUCGUCAGGGCCAACGACAUAAUGAAGCUUCCCUACAGCACCUUCCGGACUUAUGCAUUCCCUGAGACAGAGUUCAUCGCUGUCACUGCCUAUCAGAAUGAAAAGAUUACGCAGCUGAAAAUCGACCAUAACCCCUUUGCCAAAGGGUUCCGGGCCACUGGGAAUGGGAAGCGAGAAAAGAGGAAUAAUCAGCUGAACGUGUCCUUGCUGCACGAGAGCCGAAGCAAAGUGGACCGGGACAGUGCGGAGUCCGAGGACUCGUGUGAGCCGCCCUGUACCAGUGACCCCUUCUGUUCCCCUCUGGAGCUGGUGAGCAGCCCCCUGAUGUCCACCCCAACCUGCUUUGACGAGAACAACACUGGAGGUGAUUCAGAUAUUGAGCUCCAGCAAGAGGACACAGCAGAAGCCAGCUGCUCCCGGGAUGAGCGCACUCCUACUCUGAGUCGGAGAGGCGAGGAGCUACUGCGGAACAGGUCGGCCCUCAGCAAGGGUAACGGCAAUCGGGACGCAACAAAAGAAAGAGCAGCGUUUACAACCUCCGAUGAGAUGUACUGCGUGGAGAUGGACUCUUCAAAAAAGCACCUGAGUGAUUCCUAAGACGGGGUCGUGCCUGUGAGUCCGUCAUCAUCUCUCAGCGACGGUCACCUUCAGGCUUUCGAUUUUGCAGGUGCACACGGCCAACAGUUUCUAAAGCUUGGGGCACCCUUGCUGUUUCAUCCGGGGCAGUUGUCAGGGAAACCGGAGAGUUUCCCCACUGCGGGUGUGGGACAUCUAUUUUCCUCUUUGUCUGGACUGAAUGAACUAGACAACGGAGGCCUGCCUCCUCAGAGCAUCACCUCUCCAUCUCCCUUCAUGUACCACCUGUCGCAGCACAUGCUGGCAUCUCAGGGACUCUCACUGUCACCGUUUGGAGGAUUGCUGUCGUACCCGUACCACUACAUGGCAGCCCCGGCAGGGAUCAACCCGGCUCUGCCCACUUCUACCAGAAACCACUGUUACCGCAGCUCCCGGUCGCCUUGGUUGCGUUUCAGCCCCUAUCACAUCCCGACCUCUGCCACUUCAAGCCAAAGCCUGUUUACAGACAGAUCAUCUGGGGCCUCGAACUCAUUAUCGGAGCUGUCCAAGUCCAACAGCAGACAGUCAGGUCAACUGGGCAACAAUCACACCUACAAACCCACGGCUAAGCAGAGGACUCCUGCACAUAAAACCACUGUUAAUGGUUCAAUGGAUGAACUGCAGAACGUAUAUAAUCUGGUUAUUGAUAAACUACAUACUCCUUAAAAAAGUAUUUUAUCACUUGUUUUUCAUUUUACACGUGAUGGACUUAAAUAAGGAUGUCACUGACAAAAACACAGAGAAUAGUUUAUGAAGUUGCACAUAAUAAUGACCUGUAUGUGUUGCCGCUUUAUAACAUCUUAUUAUAUAAUAGACAAAACUUACUUGAGGUUCAGUGAACGCUAGAAUGAAAACCACGAUUUUUACCUUGUCAACACAUCCCAAGUUUUUUUUUUGUAUAGAAUAUAUAACACAUUUUAUGAGCAUAUUGAGCAUUCAACACCAUACAUGAGUAUUUCAUGCGUAUUCUUGAUCUUCGGAGUUGGUUUCCAGUUUCAACCUGUACAAUAUACAUGAAUUACUCUUAUAGCUGUAGCAAUCAUAUCGCGUACAGUAUGCCAAUGGCGGAAGGGUGGAUGGAUAUUGAGGUGGGUCAGUUUCCAUGAUAAUACACAUGUGAAAGAGAGGACAUAGUUUCCCUUGCUUUUGAACAAUGCUUAUUUUUAACCUAGAUGUCACUUGUUCAAGUAAAUAUCAGACACAGCCCCGCCCCUCUGCAAGAUAACCCCUUGCUGGAAAUUCCGCCCCUGCACACACCUGUUCCCAUCCACCUAGCCACCUAUACAGACUGCAUCUCCGUGUUUCCACUCACCAGUUGUCCGAUUGUCUUCGUGCUCAUUGCCAAGCUCCCAAGUGUUCCUGCUUCUGACUGUUUGCCGCCCUCUUGGGACUGUUGCCUGCUUUGUAUGCCUUAUUUGAACAGUAAAGACUUUGUCUGCCAUCAUUGACUCUGUUGUGCUUUAGGGUCUUGAAUUUUUGGAGUAACGUGAUAAAU